AUGUUGGCCAACCUGAAUUUGGGAGAUGGACAGAAUUUGGGAACCGCCUCUGGCAAGAUUGCCCUGGAUUGUUCCGUAAGAGAAACAAGGCAGGGGAAUUUCGUCAUUUCUACCACGGAUUUCUUCUUUCCGUUGGUGGAUUCCCCAUAUUUACAAGGGCGGAUUGGGGCCGCUAAUGUUUUGAGUGAUUUGUAUGCGGAAGGUGUGGAACAUUGUGAUUUUGUUCUCAUGCUUUUGGCAGCCUGUCGGGAAAUGCCGACAGAGCAACGUGAAAUAUGUACUUCUGAAAUGGUCAAGGGGUUUAGGGAUGCCUGUGAUGAGGCUGAAACGGCCAUCACUGGAGGACAAACUGUAUUAAAUCCUUGGCCAAUCAUUGGGGGAGUCGCCACAGCAGUGGUUGCGAAGGGCGAGUUUGUGCCCUCCGAUGGCGCUCAAGCUGGUAAUGUCGUUGUACUUACUAAGCCGUUGGGAACUCAGAUUGCGGUCAAUGUGCAUCAGUGGAGGAAUACGGUAGGAAGCAAGCACUGGAAGCAAAUCAUGGAUGAGAAAGUUAUCACGGAAGAACAAGCUGAAGAAAUGAUGCACCAAGCUGUCUGCAGUAUGGCCCGUCUAAAUAAGAAUGGCGGUAGACUGAUGCUGAAGCAUGGAGCCAAAGCAUGCACUGACGUUACUGGAUUUGGAAUCCUUGGACAUGCCCAAAACUUGAUGGAAAACCAAAUUGCAAACGUGGGGAUGGAGCUGCACACGCUUCCUCUCAUUGCGGGUACGAAGGAUGUCAACGAUAAAGUCUUCAACUUUAGACUUACGGUUGGUUACUCUGCUGAAACUUCAGGAGGACUCAUGGUUUGCUUGCCACCAGACCAAGCUGAAGGGUACAUGAAUUCUGUCAAGGAGGCAGAUGGAUCCGAAUCAUGGAUCAUUGGUCGUGUGGUCGAAGAUGCCGAUCGGAAAGCAAAAAUAGCGGACGAUAUCAAGUAUUUGGAGGUUUAG